UAGCAAUGGAACUUGGCCAAUACGAAGAUCGCGGGCGGCGGUGAUGCGUGCGCGGCCUCUGCAGAUUGGUAUACGACGUCUGAUGUCAGUGGUGAAGAGGCCCUGCUACCGACGCUGCGCAUACGGAUGCUUUCACAAAGCAGGAUGAUAUGUGCAGAUCGCAGUUCGAUAGAAAGUGUACGAGUUUGUGGGGGCUCGUUGGUUUUGCAUCCCAAACAGCAGCCACCAAGCGGUUAAUGAUGACAGGGUUGCGCCUGCAGAGCGGUCACGGCCAGGAAGACAACAGAGCACUGCUUACCAGCCCUAUUUGUAUAUUGUUACUCCUUCCCUCCCUGCUACCCCUCGCAUCUCUCGAGAAAGCGCAACUGCCAUCCAUUCAUCUCCCCCCCCCCCCCAUCUCAUCGUUGCACCGUCUUGUUGUACUGCCGCAUGAAGCGCCGUCCCGCGUCCUAGCACUAGCGAGCGUCCUUCAGCCCUACCGUCCCCUCCUCGCCCGUGCAAGAGCGCGUCCCUUGGUCACUGCCCCUCCCUUCGCUCUCUGUUCAACUGUUUAUGUUCUUGCGUCACAAGCAGCCGCGCCGUUGUUUGCAAGUAAGCCGGGUUGGUCGCUUGCCUAGUGAACCCUGGAACUGCCGCAUCGUCUGCCACGGCUAACCCCAGCCUUGGAACCAACCUCUAUCCAUCACAGCCCGCGUUCACCCUCUGGU